AUGGGUACAUACUUGGGUCUCCAUGAGAAGAUUCAUGGGUCAAAAGCACAAGACUUUGCAUUCGUAAGGGAUAGACUCCAUAAGAGGGUGAAUUUAUGGACCUCAAAAUCCUUGUCCAAGAGAGGCAAGGAAGUCCUGAUAAAAUCAGUGGCACAAGCAAUUCCGACAUAUGUAAUGUCGUGUUUUCUCUUACCAAAAGCUAUAUGUUCAAAACUAACUAGUGUGAUUGCUGAUUUCUGGUGGAACAAUAGAGCAGAUAGUAGAGGUCUACACUGGAUCUCAUGGGAGAAGAUGUGUACUCAACUUUCUGAAGGUAGGCUAGGCUUCCGAACACUAGAAGAAUUUAAUCUUGCUCUUUUGGCAAAGCAGCUAUGGAGGUUGCUGAGAUAUCCAGAUUCCCUCCUUAGUCGUGUUCUCAAAGGGAGAUACUUUCGUUAUUGUAGUCCGUUAGAGAUACAAGUAUCCAAUCGACCUUCAUAUGGUUGGAGGAGCAUGUUGGUAGCAAAACAUGUUCUCUCGUAUGGAAUCCGUAAGACCAUAGGGUGGAAACUGGAGCGUCUUCGGGAACUUUUCCCCCCGAAAGAAAUUAUCCUUAUUUUGGGAAUUAAACCAAGCUUAAAUGCCUCGAGUGAUGGUUAUUCAUGGACCUUGACAAAGUCUGGGAAUUACACCGUUAAGUCUGGGUAUGAAGCCGCGAGAGCUAUCUCUCGCCCUGUUUGCGACCUCCCUUUUCAGGAUCUAAGUGUUACAACACUCAAGGCGCAAGCAUGGAAGUUAAAAACAUCACGAAAGCUUAAGCAUUUCGUGUGGCAAUGUGUGAAUGGGUGCUUGGCUACAUGUCAACGCCUGCAUUAUCGCCAUAUUGAGGUGGAUAGGAGUGGACACGGCUGGAUUGCUUCUUUCGGUGCUAGACUCUUGCACAUGGGACUUAAAUGUUCGCGUAUAUCGAAGCCUAUCCCCCUUACAUGCGGAGUUAGACACUCUUGUUUGGGCUAUGGAGUGCCUUCUGGCCUUGAACAUAGAUAA